AUGGCCGAAGUUGAAAGCAAUGCCGCAGACGAGUCCUUUGCGCAGUCAGAGCCUCAGGAUGAGCAGCAAACUCACAACAUGACGGUCGGCAUUCGGCGCCAGGCGAACGGCACGAUCGGCUCGGUCUAUUCAGGAAACAAAAUACGGCACCUGAAGAAAGAAGAUGGGAUUCCCCUGUGGCGCAAAGACAUACAGUAUCAGUUCCUCAAGCUCGUCUUUGAGGACCAAACCAAGGUCUUCACAAGGUGGCCAGAUGGAGAGAAAAACAUGGAUUUUGCAGAUAUCUAUAUCGACGCGAUGGCCAGGAGCAGCAAGACAAGUAAGAUCCUGAAGGACAAGCUUCAAAAUGACAAACAGGCGGCCAUUAGCAUGGCUAUGGUUUGUUUGCUCGUCAACUUCGGACGGAUGAAUACCACGCUCAAUUUCUUCCCCGAGAUGCGUGCCCAGCUGCGAACUUAUCACUCCAUCCCCUCCCUACAAGCCCACCAAGAUCCCAAUGCCUACAAGCAACUACAAGAUGCUCCUCGUCUCAAGUCCAUCCUCAAGGGUGCAUCGGAGGAUGUUGACCAGCCCAAUACUCUCGAUAGAAUCAAGCGCCAUGCAAUCCCUCGCACAAACCCGGUAAACCUGAUCUUCGUCCUGGCACAAUUUGCCCCGAGGGUGUCCGAGAUGCACUUCUUCCCUCCUCGCGACUUUUUCGACCUGGUUAUGCGAGGCACACUCAGCAGUCGAAGCCGUGCGAAGGGUUUCCUCUGGCUAAUGUGGUGGUAUCUGGAGAGCGACUUCAGCGCUGAAGCCGCACUCAAUAACCCGUUCGGCCCAGGUCUAGACGGUGAAGGGACCGGCGGCUUGCCUAUCAAGGUCCCCCAGUUUGAAAGUCUCACUGAAGAACAGGCAAAUGAAGAGAAUGUCGACACCCAGUCCGAAAUUGAAUACGGAGAAGCUAAGCGCCUGGAACGUAAACGCAUUUUGGAAGAAGAUGAGCCUCUGCCCAGAGUAACCAAACGGUCCAAGAAAGGCCUGCCAGACUUUGGCUUCGAUGAAGACGGUUCGGGAGAUAUCUCGGGUCGAGGUGAUGGCCGUGGGUCCACUAUGUCCACUCCAUUGCAUCCCUCGUCGAAGCGCUAUCCGCAAGAUGAAGAGGAUGACUAUCAAACCCCGGGACAAUCUGCCCGGUCUCGUUACAAGAGACCCAAGCGGGAAUCUUCUCUUAACCGUUCUGUUGGUCAGCAGCGUCUCAUCUUAAAAACCAAGAUGGAAAACACACCUGACGCUGCUUCUCCAGCUCCUCCAGGCUCUGGCCAUCCCAUCCUGAACCGGUUCGUCGCGGAACCUUCCUUACCUCAGCAGUCCUCCGCUCGCCGACCCCGGCCCCUUACCCAGCACCAGCUGGCUGUGGAGCAAAAUCGACGACAGCGUAUUGAAUACCUUCUAGCCAAGCGGAAGAACGAGGCAUAUCGUAUUCUGCGUGCGAAACGCGAGAGUGAAAUCCCAAUCGUCCGCCACGGCCGCUUGCUUUCGAAUCUUCCUGAGGGUUACGACACUGACGAUGAGGAAAACUCAUGGGGUAAAGGUGGUCUCAUCCCAAAACCGGAGGAAGAGGAAGAUUUCGGUGAAAGUGCUAGCUACUUCCUGUCCGUUAUUCGCAAGGCUUCUAGACGCUUGGACCGGUGGGACUUUGACGAUGCCAAUGGCCCGAAACGAGAUCGCAAAAAGGAACGGGAACAGCGCCAGAAGGCAAGACAGAGCAGAUUGGCCAUGGAACACUCCGCCGAUCUCACUGGGCGCGCCCCAUCCUCGGCUCGUAGCAGAGCCCGGGCUGUACGCAAUGCUAAGCGCAGGCGUACAAUGGAAGCACUUAUUGACGCCACGGACGCUGAGAUGAAAGCAAAAGGUGAGAUGAAGGCGCGGGGUAUCACGAAAUCUUCUCGUGCUAAAGCCAGCCGGGGCCGUGCCCAACAAGAUGCUGAAGGUGCCAAGACGGACAACCCUGAUGCCACUGAAGAUGGCCUGGAUGUGCCCUCCCGGGAUCAAGAGCUCUCGCCGAUGCCUGGCUCAGCUCAGCUGGGCGACGAAGACGGAGACCUUGAAGGUGAGGAAGGCCUCGAUGAUAUUGAUCGAGAACUCCUUGGUGAGGGAAGUGGCGAUGAAGACGUGGGUCCGGCACGAAAAGUUCGUACAUCACACCCAGCCGAACUCGGCUACGAGGACAGCUUUAUCGGUGAGGGCGGCGAUCCCGAUGACGAAGCCGAAGCGCUUUCCUCCGAUGAAAAUGACGAAGAGGCCGACGAUGAUGAGCUAGAUGAAGGAGAAGGCGACGUUGAUGGAGACGACAACUCCUCUGUCUUGGAGGGCGGAAACGGAUAUGCUGCCAGUGACAUCUCGUCAGUUGCCGGAGAUGCCGCUGAGCCUGCCGCAGAAGCUGAAGACGAUGAGGUUGCACGACCAGCGGAGCUGAAAGAUGAGGUCAUGGAAGACCACUAG